CGGGAGGUGCUGGCGGCGUGCGGUGACGUAUCGUGACGUAAGCGGCGCGGCGGCGGGCCGGUGGCGCGGCGGCUGCCAUGGAGCGGCUGGAGCGGUGCGGGCGGUGGCUGCGGGCCGGGCUGGUGGCCUGGCGCGUGCGGCCGCGCCUGCCCUGGCUGCUGCUCGCCAUCGUCCUGCUCGGGUCCGCCCUCAAGGACGGCGGCCUGGUGCCCGAGACGCCCAUGCAGAACAAGCGCAACUUGCUCAACGUGUACUUUGUCAAGGUGGCUUGGGCCUGGACGUUCUUGCUUCUGCUGCCCUUCAUCGGAGUCACCACCUACCAGUUUGCCAGGAGCAAGUUCCUCUAUGGUCCCACCAAGAGCGUUCUGAUAGUGCUGCGGCGUCUCAGUGCGCUGCUGGUGGGCACUGCCGUCUGGUACGUGUGCACUGGACUCUUCAUGUAUGUGGAGAAUCUCACUGGCAUGUGCUCUACCUCGAGUGAACUCAAUGAGCCUCGACGGCUGUAUGCCAACAAGCAGGAAUGCCACAAGGACAACGGGGUCUGGAACGGUUUUGAUAUCUCGGGGCACUGUUUUCUUCUCUCGUACUGUGCUCUGAUGAUUGUGGAGGAAAUGUCUGUGCUGGAAGGUUUGUCCGUAGACCAGAACUCUAGGCUGCGUGCUGUGAUCAACGGCCUGUUUGUUGCCUUGUGUUUUCUGACCAUGAUCUGGGUGUUCAUGUUUUUAUGUACUGCUGUGUAUUUUCAUGACUUCAGCCAAAAGCUUCUCGGUGUACUGAUAGGUCUGACAGCUUGGUAUGGGACGUACAAGUUCUGGUACUUGAAACCCUUUUCUCCUGGACUACCUCUCCCACAUAUUCCUUCAAGUUCAAAGAAAUACAAUUAUAGCAGAUAGGUUUUAAAGUUUUUGGAUUUUGUUUUAAAAUACUUGCAUAGCUGAAUGUAGGAAUGGUUACAAUAUUUCCACUGUAAAGAACAAGGUGCUGAGCUGGAGAAGAGAAUCAAAUCUUUGCUAGCUGAUCUUCACGGGCUGGCAGAUAGUAAUGAGCUGUUUCCUGGUGAGGGAAAAAAACUGGUAUUGCAAAAGGGCUGCUCCUGUUUGGGAGUUACUGUGUUGCUGACAUUCUUGGCAAAGAACCAGAAGCUGAUCUGUUUCUCUGAUCAAAAAAUGGAAGAACAGAUCCAUGACUGACAGGGCUUUGCUCUUAAGAGUUUAACUGGUCUCAAAUUAUUUCUCCCUCUUCCCUUUUGGUUUAUUUUUGUCAAAAUACCAUGGAUGAUCCACACACACACCCUUUUUUUUCUUUAUUGCUGUUGUUUCUCAGUACUCCUACUUGUAUUGCCUUAGGGAAAACUCUUACAACAGUGUUGCUCACUGUUGCAAAAGACAAUUGGCUAUCAGCAUUCACUUGGUGAAGCAGAGUAUAGCUUAGUUGUGACCCUUGAACAUUUGGUGUUACCAAGUGUUAAAUAUACUAACUUGCCAUAAAUAGUUCUUAGCUAUCUGUGUAUUCUGCAGUGAAGGGAGUGAGUCUGAGAUCUGGUGUCUUAAGGAGGUUUUAACUUUGAAUUCACUCCUGCCUUUGAAAAGGAAACUCUUGGAAAAACAAGUCUUAAUUUUUGUUUUCUUGAGAGUUGCGCACUUUGCAACCAAGAGUACUGUCUGGUGUGUUUCUUCCUGAAGAACAAUGAAAUUCUGGUGUUGUGAACAUGUUAGCUUAACCAGUUAUUUCUUGAAUAUAGUGCUUGGUAAUGAAUGAAACAAUGUUUAUCCUAAGAGCUGCAAAGCAGUAUGCUUAAAGCAAUAUUUAUUCUUACUUAUCCAGCAGUAUCAAUAAGCUACUUUAAUUUUGAUUGCACAUACAACUGUGGUGGCUUCUGAUGUGGCUGGAAACCCGCUACUGAAUAAAACACUACUAUGAUGCAGUGAAUUGGUAUGAAAUGGGAUGGUUUUUAUAAUUGUAUCAAUCAAACAUUUGUUAUAGUUUUUAUCUUUAGAAGCUUUUUAUUAUUUCAUAAAAACUUAUUCAUGUUGCAAUUGCACAAAAUUAGUUUGACAGUUGUAGUGAUGAGUCAGACGACCAAAAAGUUCUGUAGCCUGUCUGUGGUCGAUACUGUGGACAGUGUCCAUUAAUUUGGUAGCUGACCUGAUCAGUCUAUAAUGUUCAUCUCUAAGUUGAUUAUUUUACUGAAUUUAGAGUAUGAUGUAUGCCAUACUGUAAUCUUUUUGCCAUCUCAACAGCUCCUUUCCAGCAAGAGAGCGGUGGUAUUUAUAGUAAAUAUAACAGUGUUAAUUCCACGUUUGUGGCCUGCCCCUGAGGAGUGCUGACCUCCCUUGAAUUUCCAUUGAGUUGAGUGGUAGGUGGGAAUUGUAGUGCAUUCUCAAAGUACAGAUCAUCUCACAGAAAGAAGCUGUUUCAGGAGGUUAUGUAUUUGGUAUUGAGCUCCUCCUUUUGUUUUUGCAUUAAACUGCCUUUAAGUUGCCUCUGUGGAAAAUUUGCACUGAUUUAACUCAUAUUGGGUUUAACUAAAAUUGUGUUUAAACAAUGCAGAUUCCUUUGCAGACAUUCUUUUGAUGUAACAUAAGCCUGCUCCCAGUAGAGUUAAGCUAGACAGCAAGUCACUUUCAUCCAGAAAUAGGAUUAUAUAUGCAGAUGGUUUUCUAAUUAAUUUCAUUUGAGUUCCUGUUUUAGGUUAUUUUAUGUAGUUUUGCUAAAUAGACAAGGCCUAUAAACAGGAAGUGCUAUUUAUUUGUUUAACCAGCUGGCUUGUAGAAGUUAUCUUCAGCUCUACAAAUAUGUUUUGUGCAAUCACUAUAUGGAUAUUUCGGUCCACUUCUAACUAGUGUCACACAAAUUAUUUAUUAUUUGAAUAAUGUUCAAUAUGGUUAUUCUCACAAUUUUAUUUAAACAACUAAUUAAAGACAUCUGAAAAACUUAUCAGGGGUUGUGGCUUUCAGAAUCUUUUUCUGGAGUCUGUUAAGUUAGUGCUGCUGCUCAUCGUGUCCCUGAAUGAUCCAAGCUCCUGGUUUUCUUGGGAUUACUUAGGUACGUAAUCAGACUGUCAUUGAUAAUUCUGCAGUAUUUGAACAAGGUGAUAUGGCACAAAUUCUCAAAAGUGCAGGGCAUAAAAAAUGUCCAACAAAGAUUUCUAGUGUGUCCCUGUUAUGCCAGGCAGUUGAUUAUUUAGGCAUGCGUUCAGUGUAACAACGCAAAAGCCUAAUCCAUUGAAAUAUGUGGAAAAAUUCCUAUGCAUUGUAAUGCUAUUUAUGAGUUUGGAAAUCUUGUCCUAAGUUUCUUUCUUGGUACCCUGAGACCACAUGCUAACUGUUAGCUUAGAACAGCCCCUGAACCCCGAUCUUUCCUUUGCACCUUUUGACUCUAUUUCAGUGUAAGCCUUAGUUUCCUUGUACUUUAACUGUUUCUGUUUAUAUAUUUGCCAUUGCUUUUACCUCAUUCUCCUUCUCCCCCCACCGUUAAUAUACUUUUGUCAUUAAAAUAAAAAUGUGGCCUAUUUGUGAUGGAUUUGCAGCCAAAAAAAGGUGCUCUGAAUAGCUGUUUUUGAUGUCUUCUGCCAAAGGGACAGAUCUUUUCUUCCAACUGUCAACAGUUAUUGUUAAUCUGUUUUAAGUUUUUAAAACAAAGUGUUAACGUAUUUUAAAGGUGAAUGUUCACAUUUUGUAAUGGAUUCCAAAAGAAAGCAACUGUAAUCAUGAGGAAAAACUUGGUAUUUUUUUGGCUUUUCUGCAUUAAAGUUAAUUUAGUACA